AGAGAGUUUUCACUGACGUCACGUUUUCGCCAGUAACCCGGAUGCGCGGCCAUCUUGGAGAUACUCGACGUAAACACAGCGCUGUAUCAAUGCAAACAUUUGCGGAUUAAGGAUGAACAAACCACAGCAAAGUUCUUCAAAAUGUCUUGCAGACACAAAACCAUAUAGAGAAGGACUCGAUCCACAAGCAAAAAGAAGAUAUACAGAAAAGCUAGGGUUUGUUGGUGGUGCCGAUCCAUAUGAGUUAGCUCCCACGUCUUGGAGCAAUGAAGAUCCGGAGAGCCUUCCUUCGAUUGCGUACCCCGACAUCGUUAACUACCUGGUUUUCUCGCCAAGCCCAUACACAGCAGAAGAUCUUAAAUCCUACAAAGGUUUGGAGGCAUAUAACCAAAUGGUGUGUGGAUGGGUGAGAGAGCUGCAAUAUCAAGUCAUCAACGACAGAUGUGUUGUGAAGGCCAAAGUACUCCAUUCUCAGUCAAUCCGAGAAACACCACUGGAACCCUGGAUAAUUGCUGAGAAGUCUGGACGGAUACUUGGAGCCCACUGCACAUGUAAAGCUGGCCUCGGAGAGACGUGCACUCAUGUUGCUGCAUUAUUGUUUCUCAUUGAGGAAACAGUGAAGUUGAGGGACUCAAAGACAGUGACGCAAGAAAAGGCUUAUUGGCUGUUACCUACUGCACUGUCAAAGGUGGAAUACAAGGAAUGCCGAAAGAUUGACUUCACUGUAGCAAAGAGAUCUCAGGUAAAAGAGUAGGCAAAAUGAAAUGUGCUGCUCAUAGACAUUCACUUGAGGAACAAACCGCUGGCAAUUUUUCCUCUGUUACAGCUGGGAAAACACAACAGCCAACCAGUGACGAACUGUCAUCAUUAUUCAGUGCUCUUAGUGCAACUGGAUCAAAGUCUGCUAUUUUGUCUCUGAUUGAGCCUUACUCUGAUCAUUUUGUUCCCAAAGUGGUUGGAGGAAAUUUUCCUCUGUUAUUGACAGAAUUGCGAAGUGAUGAAGCAGUUCACAUGGACUAUAGUGAUCUAUUAGACAUGUGCAAAGAUGUUGAAAUUUCAGUAUCAGAGGAGCAAGCAAAAGCAGUUGAAACUGCUACAAAGGAUCAAGCUUCCUCUAA